AUGUUUAUCAAAUAACUUUAAUCAAAAAUAUAAAUACGCUCAGUAUCGAAUGUAUCAGGGCAUUCAAUCCAAAGAUUUUCAGGGAUAGCAACUCCUUAAAGUAAUACAAUUAAUGCUAUUUGGGACAUCAAUCAAAUUGGCCAAGAAUUGGAUUGUCAUGAUGACCCAAUUUUGAACGAGGCUUUGCAGCUUAUCAAUAAUCACCAAAUAAAUCAAGCUAUUUUAAUAUUAAACUAAAUGGUUUUUGAUGGGAAAAAAUAUUUGGGCUAAUAAUCUCAAGUAUAAUUGGUAAUGAAAGUUACAUUAUUGGUUGUAUCAAGUGCUAUGUCAAUUUUAGAGAAUGAUCCAUCUUCAGCAUUGCUACUGCUUCUGGGCUGUGAUUAGAUGUUUAAGGGAUUGACACCGAAAUAAUAAAGUUACCUAAGAGUUCAGAUUCUAAAUGGACUUGGCUGUUAUUACAGAAGAGUAGGAUAAUUGGAAAAAGCUCUAAACGAAUUGGAAUGCGCUUUGGCUUUAAUUAAAAAAUAUGGGUUGAAAGAGGUUGCAGUGACCCACCUAAACUUGUCUGUAGUAUUAUCUCUGGUGGAAGAACAUGAGGGCGCUUUAGAAAAUGCUAAGAAAGCAGUUACCGAAAGUCAUAAAGAAUACUAAUACUAUAUCAAAAAUCAUGUAUCCAUGCAAGCAUUCAAAUUUCAACGAUGCGUAAGUUCCUUGGCCAUCUCCUUCUACAAUGUCGGAGUUUAGGAAUAAUAUUUUCAAAGAUAUUAGUUUGCAUUACAGGCUUAUGCAUCAGCAUUCAAAGUAGCCGAGGAUAACUUGGGAAUCCAUCAUUAUCUAACACUUCAACUUAAAAAUAUAUAUGAAGAAUUUGCUCGACAAUUGGCAAUAGCAGAAGGGUAAAAAAUUGCCAUUACAUCUUUGAAUCACAAAUUCCAAAUCAGAGCAAAUGUCACAAGCCAAUAUGCUCAAAGUGUCUUAAGGAGCAAACCAUCAGACACAGUCAAAAAUGUCACUGAAAGGCUCUUUUAAUCAGAAUCUAAAAUGUCAGGUCAUACCCUUAGACCACAAUCAGCCAUUAUGAAUCAAACCCAAGUUCCUAAAUUAAAAUCAUUUGAUUUCACUCGAAGAGACGCACCUACUUUCAGAAAACAGCUGUCUGCUACCAAUCGUACUUUAAAUCAAUAUAGUGAGGAAAAUGCAAAGUUUGAAGUGGAGAAAUUAGAAUAGACCAAGUCAUUGUAACAGUGCAUCUAAAAUUUAUAAACACAAGCAUAAAAAGAACAAGAGGAAUUGAAAAGAAUUCAAGAUUAAAAGCAAAGAGAGUUACAAAAAUUGGAGGCUUUUCGAUAUAUUAAUUAAUAGAUUCAGUAGUAGAAGUAAUAAAAGAACUCAAACUAAACUUCAAGAGAAAUGAAAUCAUCAACAGAAUAGAUGAAGUAACUUUUUAAUACAGAUCCAUAAAUAUAAGAAGCUUUAAAUGAAAGUGAACCAUAGCCUUUAGUUACUAUAUAAGAAUAAAACAGAGUAAUAAAAACAGAAGAAGAAAACCAAUUGAGCCAUUAAAUUAAUACUAAUGAUUAAAAUCUAAAAUAAGAGAUAAACAAAGAAGAGAAAAGGAUGUCAUUUACUACCACUCUUGAAUAAAAGGGAUUUUAAGAUGAAACUAUAUAGAGUUCAACAAGAAAAUUAGAAUUUGAAUAGGAUUCAUCAAUCAAAAACAAUUAUUUUUAAUAAAAUAUGUCAUGUAAGCAGAUUGAAGAUUUAGAAGAAAUCACAGAAGAAAUUAAUGAAGUUAAUUAAUAAUAAUAAUAGUAAAAUCAAUAGAAUGUUGAAAAUUAAGUUGAAGAAAUAAUUCAAGAAAAAGUUAAGCAUUUAGAAGAAGAUCAAAAAUUACAAGCAGUUUAAUCUUUACAAAGAUGUUGGAAAAAUAGUGUAAGAAAAUGUAAUGAGAGAAUUUAAAAGUUAUAAUCAAAAUAUUCUAUGGUCACUGAAUAAUAGUACUCUAAACUUAUAGAUGAGAAAAACAAUCUUCAUAAUGGUAUUUUGUUUCUCGGUUUCUAUCAAUCAGAUAUCAAUUAUAUUGAUAUUGUCUUUAUAGAUUUUUACACUUUACGAAAAUCUCAGAGGAAGUGUUCAAACCUAAAUGAAAAGUUAUAGCACAUAUUAAUUUUAACACUUUAAUCCACCAUUCCAAUGACUAAAGAUACUUUAGAUAAUAUAGAAACCAGACUAUCAUAAUUUACUCAAAUCAAUUAAUAAUAACUCAUUAUUCAAAGUAAUUUAUUAGACAUUGAAAUUAAAAUAAUCGACAAACAUAAUUCAUUAAGGUUUGAUGUUAAUCAAUUGAAAAUUUAUGAAUUUUUUAUUAAAUUUGAAGAGAGCAUUUCACAUUUAUAAUUGCCAACCUCUAUAGCUGAUAUUCAAUCAUUUAAUACAGACUCAAUAGUAGUAUAAAAAUCAGCUUAAGUCAAUUAAGAAUUAAAUUAACAACCUUUUUAAGAAAUUCCUUUAAUUGAGGAAUAAGUUGUAGAAGAAGUUAACUUUGAAAAAUAGCCAAGCGAAGGAAAUACUAAACAGGAACAAUAAUCAGCAGUUGAAGAAAUUCAAUAUAGUGAGGGUCAAUAGGAGAGUAAAAAUGGAAGUGAUGAUGUUGAUAAAGUAAAUAAGACUGGAUAAUUUAAUAUUAAUGUCCUUUCUUCUUAAAAAUUGCAAUCUUAAUAAGAUUUAGACAAGGCAGUUGAGGAGAUUGAGGAGAUUGAGACUAUUGAGGAUUAAAAAUAACAAUAAAUUUAAACAAAAGAAAAUAACUAAAAUCUAGAUUUUACAUUACAAUAUAAUGAAAGUAGUAUGAAUAAUUCUGUUUAGGAUACUUUGAAAACUAAUGAAGCAGAUAAUUAUUAACAUUAAUAAGGAGAUAAUAGUGUUAAAAAUAAAGAUAAAGAUAAACCUUCAGUUAAUCAAACUAUUAUAGAAGAGGAUGAAGAUGAUCAAAAAGAGGAGUAGAAGAAAAGUGAAAGCUCUGCUCCUAAUUCAAACUCUGAUUUUCAGGUAGAAUCGAAAUAGAAUCAAGAUUAACUGCAUUAAUAAUAAAACAAUUAAACUUUUUCUGAUGUUAAAUCUCAGAGUAAUUUUCUACAGGUCCCAUUUAAGGAGCAUAAAAAUUAUAGUAAAUAAACCAGUUUGUAAUUGCCGGAUUUGAUGAAGGAAAACAUUGAUUCUGAUUAAGAAAUUUCACUAACAAAACCAUAUUUGUAUGAAUUUGUAGGUGCAAUAUCAGGAAUCAAUAAGACCAAUGGGGCUUUAAUAUUGAUCAAUAUCCUUAUCAACAAAGAAUAGUAAUUAUUUUAGGCAAAGGCAGAAGUAGAUGAUAUAAAAGUUAAGCCAGCUUACUUUAAGGUUGAAAAUGUAGAGAAAACACUUAAAAAGCCAUAGAAGUAUUUAAAAGGAUAUUUAGUUCAAUGGAAAAAUGAAAUUGUCUUAAAAGUUUAUACUAAAGCACAUGAAAAAGCUGUACUUAAGCUUUAAAAGAAAUUCAAAUUUGAUCAUUAUAGAAGACUUAUCAAUUUUAAAUUAGCCAAAACAAACAUUGAUGGUGGAUUAUAUGUAGGUUCACGAAAAUAGGUAAUUUAUUUAGCAAUUGAAACAAAAUCUACCUAAUAAAGAAAUUCUUAUACAUUUAGGAAUGAAAAUUAUAGUCAAUUUGUGAAUAAAAUCUCUUUUAGAGUAUUAAAUAAUCUUAAGUAUUCUGAUGAUAAGGGAAUUUACUUGCUGCAAGAACCACAACAUAAAAUUAUAGCUUAGAAUCUAUAAGCUAAAAUUUUUAAACUGUUAAAACCAAAUAAUGCCUUUGAAUUUGUGGGUUUUGGCCUUUUAAAUGGCAUUUAUGAUUCGGUGCACAAAAAAGUAAUCAUAGCUAGUGACAAUCGAAAGACUUAACCUGCUCAAGUUGAUGUUCCUAAGUCAAUACAAGGAGACUAAAUUGUCUCUUUUUCACAAAAUUUAUUAAAUCGAGUACUUAUUUAAGGUUAUGAAUAGUCUUUUAUAAUUUAGAGUAAUAAUGAAAAUUGUGUAAUUUAUUAUGAAGAAAAAGAUGAAAACUAUGUAAAGUAUAUCUAAAAUGCAAUUUUUUAAUUUUAAACAAUUAGAACAUUAUCAAUUGAUUAUUAUCAAGCUUAUCAAGGGCAAAUUAGAAAAUAAGAAAUCAAAGUUGAAUUAUAAAAAAAGAUCAAAAGGAUUUUUUGUAUAAAACUCUAAGAAAAAAUGUAUAUGAUAGGUAAAUUAAAAGAUAAUGAGAUUUAAAAUUUGAAAUAAAACUUUAAAAAAAUAGUAAGCACAUUCCUAACAAAUGAAAAUAACUAGAUUGAAAUAGAUAUAAACUCCUUGAAGGAAUUCCUGAACUAAUAAGGACAAUUUGUGAAAUUGUUAAGAAUGGAUUUAAAGGAUUUUGUUUAUUAAAUUUGA